CUCUGGUCAAGUCUUCGUCCUCAAAUUUGCAUUCACAGACACAGCCAGUCGUACCGGGGCCCUUCAAUUCGAUUGAUAGAGGCCAAGACCAGCCACCAGUCAAUCAACCAUCCCUCUCUCUUCCCACUGACUGCAUUCACACGGAUCAAAACUACUGCCUCGCUCGUUACUUCACUGCUUCGUUGGCCAAUAAAUCUCACCGUGUGCGGACCGCCGAGCCGUCUCAAACCUCCAACCUUUCCGCCCUCUUGCUGGCAGUCGUCGUUGUUGUCCUGCAGGGCUCCCAAUUAUUUCGCCGAAGCCCUGCCUAUCGCGCAUUGCCGUGCAGGGCAGUACUUGCCGUGCAGUGCCGUGCCGUCCUGUGGUACGGCGUGGCUGAUGACAAGCAAGCACGACGUGCCCCAUUGAGACCACGUCGAGUCCUCGUCGAGCCCAUCCGUUCGCCUCGGCUGCAAGCCCGCAAGCCCCCCGCCCCGUCCUGUGCUCACAAAUGACGAGCGUGCUGGCCAAUAUGGUGGACACUGCUGCUUUCCCGAGCUCGGAGGACAUCACCCUGCAGGAAUUCCGCGAUGCCCUUGCAGAGUAUGACCAGCUCAUCGAGGCCGUAUCUGCUGCCAAAGGAGCCAAACCCGGCCAGAAGACUCUCAAGGAGCUAGACCAGUACCGUUACGUGGAGGCCCCUGCCCUGUUCGCCCCGACCACUUCACGGCGGCCGAUGCAGCUUGGGGAUGUGCAAGCCUUGGUCGAAUGGAAGCUCAAGCAUGGGAAAUUCCGCCCGACUCUGAUGAAGCUCGUGUCCUCAAAUGACCAAGCUUUCGUCAGGGACUCGGCCGAGACCGCCCUGGACAUUUACAGCAAGAACCCCGACGCGUCCGCAGCCAUCGACGCCCUGACGAAACUCAAGGGCAUCGGCCCAGCCACCGCGUCACUGCUCCUGGCCGUCCACGAUCCUCAGAACGUAAUCUUCUUCGCGGACGAGGCCUUCUACUGGCUGUGCAGCCAUGGGAAGAGAGACCACAUCAAGUACAGUGCUAAGGAGUACAGGCAGCUUCUCGAGAACUCGCAGAAGCUGGCCCGACGGCUCAGCGUCAAAGCGAUCGACAUAGAGCGAGUCGCAUACGUCCUGUUAAAUAAACCCGCAUCAAGUCUGCCAUCCAACUCGACCAAGCCAUCAGCAGAUACUCCGAACAACGCAGCGGCGGCCCCCGAACAGACCACGUCUACGGCCUCCAAGAGAAAGCAGGAGGGUGUCAUUGAGGCAUCUUCUGCACCUCGUCGAUCAAAGCGGAGUAGACGACCCUGAUGGCUGCUCCGCAGAGUUCAGCAGCUGCUCCAUUUUUCUCGGCCCGCACCGUAGUGUCUGUCGUCCUAGGAUGGGGUCGCCGCACAUCCGCCACUGAGAGUUGUUGGGGAGUACUGGUCUGCUUGGUGGACUGGCCAGCUUUUAGGGUGUUGCCUGCGAAGCACCCGAUUCGACUGGGCUCGGGGCCAGGGAAGGUCGUCUCGCCCUCGGUUGGUGCUUCCGGCUGAGGAGGCGAUUUUCGUCCGGGAGGCAAGUGACGCCACGAUUGUACGGAUAGCAUUGACCGACGGCAUGGCUUUACUGUCCAGAUGCUGUCUGCUUCUUGACCCUAUCUUAUCUGGCUUGCUCGACUUUCAUCCGCGUAGUGCAACUCAAAGCUUGUAAGUCUGGUUCGCUUUGUGGCCCGCAGCCUUGACCGAGUCUGCAUACCCCCCGAUCGGCCAAGAGGCUCCUACGCCGGCUUCGUCUCACAGCCAGGGGCCACAGCAUUGCAUCUUCGGUUCUCGUAUCUUGGUAACGCAUGCAGCAACCCCC